AGCAAAUUCCGUGAACACUUCUAGGACCCUUCAAUAAAUAGGUCUGUACCGUCAGGUUAAAUCUGUAUCACUGCAAUCUGCCUUUUCUUUCUUUUUCGACAUUCUAGGAGUGCCAAGCUUAUCUUCCUCUAAAAAUGGUUUCAAAUUCCUCUCGCGGCGCGAUCAUCGCCCACUUACGCCGUCAAAUCGAGAAUGGGAAACCCAUAAUUGGGGCUGGAGCCGGUAUCGGUCUUUCCGCAAAAGCGGUAGAGGCUGGAGGCGGUGACCUCGUCAUCAUUUACAACAGCGGUCGAUUCCGAAUGGCAGGCUGUGGGAGUCUUGCGGGACUGAUGCCAUACAGCAACGCCAAUGAAGUAGUUGUCGAGAUGGCCGCCGAAGUCAUUCCCGUUGUUCAGAAUAUUCCCGUAAUUGCGGGUGUUUGUGGCACGGAUCCAUUCAAGAUAAUCCCAAGGUUCUUGAAGCAGCUGCAGGAUCUGGGGUUUGCAGGAGUGCAGAACUUUCCAACGGUUGGGCUCAUAGACGGCCAGUUCCGCGCCAAUCUCGAGGAGACGGGCAUGGGUUACGAAAAGGAAGUUGAGAUGAUCCGACAUGCCUCAGAGUUGGGCCUCCUGACAACUCCUUAUGUUUUCAAUGUGAAUGAGGCCAAGGCGAUGACAGAGGCGGGUGCCGACAUCUUGGUUGCACAUAUGGGUCUGACGACUUCGGGGUCGAUAGGGGCAAAGACCGGAAAAACAUUGGAACAAUGUGUGACAGAAAUUCAGGAAAUUCGGAAUGCAGCCGUGCGGAUCAAUGAAGACAUCAUUGUACUUUGUCACGGCGGGCCAAUUGCUGCUCCCGAAGACGCGAAGUUUGUGAUGGACCGGGUGCAGGGUUUGCAUGGCUUCUAUGGGGCCAGUUCAAUGGAGCGACUCCCUGUCGAAGUGGCAAUUAAAGACACAACAACACAGUUCAAAAGCAUCGGUUUACGGAAAUGAUGCAAUUUCGAUGUUCAUCUCCGAAGUCUGAUACCUCACGGGUAGUUUACUUUAGAGUCACCUUCGCCUCGGAGCUUAGAAUAGC